CGGAUGAAAAUGAAAUAAGCUAAGCGUUGUUCUUAGAGCUGAUUGAUUUUGAUUCUAUUUUUACGCUUUUUUUUUCCGUUCCAUUUUCCUCUGUUUUUGUUUCUAUCCUCAAAUUUCAAAUUCUCUUCCUCUCGUUCCUUUUCAAUUUCUUCGUGAUGCUCUCUAGGUUAUUACUCUGAACGAAUUUAUGGCGAAUAACAUCAUCAAAGAAGGCGAUCGAUCGCCUCGAAUUAUAUUGCAUGAGCCUACCGGAUCAACGGUCGAGGUGCUCCUGUAUGGGGCUCAAGUUAUAUCUUGGAAGAACGAGCGUAGAGAAGAACUACUUUUCAUGAGCAACAAGGCAGUUUGCAAACCACCUAAACCUGUCAGAGGUGGCAUACCCAUUUGCUUUCCACAGUUUGCAAACUUUGGUUCACUUGAGCAACAUGGAUUUGCCAGAAACAGGCUAUGGUUGUUAGAUGAAGAUCCUUCUCCUUUAACUCCAGCUAACAAUCAAUCAUGUGCAGAUCUUUUACUGAAAUCAACAGAAGAUGACCUCAAAACAUGGCCAUACAGAUUUGAGUUGAGGCUCCGAAUUGCUGUGAGUGCUGGAAAGCUAACUUUGAUCCCUCGUGUGAGAAAUGUAGAUAACAAGGCCUUCUCGUUUACCCUUGCUCUCCGUAAUUAUUUUUCUGUAUCUGAUGUCAGUGAAGUACGUGUUGAGGGGUUGGAAACACUGGAUUAUUUUGAUAAUUUGAUGAAGAGAGAAAGGUACACAGAGCAAGCAGAUGCCAUUACUUUCGAUGGCGAGAUUGAUCGUGUAUACUUAAGUACACCUACCAAGAUUGCCAUAAUAGACCACGAAAAGAAAAGAACAAUCGUCCUACGUAAAGAAGGCAUGGUGGAUGCAGUUUUAUGGAAUCCUUGGGACAAAAAGGCAAAAGCAAUACCCGAUUUGGGAGAUGAAGAUUAUAAAACCAUGCUAUGUCUGGAUGCUGCAGCUGUUGAAAACCCAAUAAAUUUAAAACCAUUUGAAGAAUGGAAAGGUCGUCAAGAACUCUCUAUAGUCUCCUCAAGUUAUUUCAGUGGCCAAUUGGAUCCUCAAAAAGUUCUUAAUGGCUUACGUUGAUAUAAUCCAUCAUCCAGCAAAAUUCCAAGAUUACCCCUCCAGUAAUUUUCCAGGUUUCUUACUUCAAUUUUGCUGCUCUGCUUGUCACAUUCAUUUCAUGUUUAGGGUUCUUCAAUAUUUACCAAAAAAAAAAAAAAACAAACAAGCUCCAUUGUUAUAUAUAUAUAUAUAUAUAUAUAUAUAUA